ACCCGAAUUCCCCCAACUGACCCGAACCAAAGCAACCCAAGCCAUCCUGGUUCCCAACCCGACCCAGUCGCCGGUAACCCACCGUUAAAGGGUCCCAAGAGCACUGAGCCUAUGAAGAGAAACAGAGAAGCAGAAGUUUUUGGUCUGCCCAUUCAUCGAUCGGUCCAUGGAGAAGGGGAAAGGAGUGACGACGGCUCGCAGAUGGGCUGUUGAUUUCACCGACAAUUCCACCUCUCUUUCUUCUCGAGACGUCCCUGAUCCUCCUGGCUUCACUCGCGCUUCUCAAGAUCAGGAUGAUUCGGCAGUUAGUCGACAGAAGAAGGAUGCUGAGGCUACUUGGAAGGCUCAGAAAGCAUGGGAAGUGGCACAGGCCCCUUUCAAGAAUCUGCUAAUGAUGGGUUUCAUGAUGUGGAUGGCUGGAAGUACAGUGCAUUUGUUUAGCAUUGGUAUUACAUUUUCAGCUCUUUGGCAGCCCAUAAGUGCUCUUCAAGGUGUUGGGAAGGUUUUUGAGCCUUACAAGGACAGUAAAGUGGACCUUCUCGGGCCCAAGUUACUAUUCAUUGCACUCAAUUUGGGGGGCCUAGCCCUGGGCAUUUGGAAGCUUAACACAUUGGGCCUUCUUCCAACGCAUGCAUCAGAUUGGGUUUCAUCUCUACCCCCUGCUCAGGAGGUCGAGUAUUCCGGAGGAGGUAUUCCACUGCAUUAAUGUGUUAAUCUCAGGAAGUGGGAGAAAUUGUAGAGCAGAAGUUGGAAGUACUUUGCUGCUGUUUCCUGAGCCGAUGAUAAUUACAUGUGUGCUCACCAAGGAUCACCAAAUUCAAAUAUUUUGGGGUGGGGAAGAGUAUCGUUUCAAUGGUAAUGAUCCGUUUUUAUUGAAUAGACGCCAUCUUUUUUAGAAAUUCUUAAUGGGAAACAUGUUGAGCUGGGAUGUUUGGACAUCUUUUGUAAACUUUCGUUAUGUUUGAGAGCAUUGGGUUUGAUAGUGUAGAUUUUAAGAAAGCACAACACAAAACUGUCUUGAGUUUUGUCAAGAGUUUCAUUCAUUCAAAUCCAAAUUAAGUUAAAAAAUUACAGUAUUAUUGAUAUUUAGUGAGGCAGUGUUUGGUGUUCUAGAGCUAAACGGGGAUGCCUAAUUCUAGACACCACAGAUAAUGAACCUCUGAACAUGAUAUUGAAGGAUAAUUUUGUAAAAAUAUUCAGAUGCUUCCUAGUAGUAUCUGAAUGUAUUUUGUGAAAAUUUUAUUGUGUUUUUCACAA